GUGAACAUGUGGAGAGUGUGGUUGUGCAGCUGGAGCAGAGUUGCCUUCAUGGGGACCAGAUUUGGGCAGUAUAGAACUACUUUGGCCAGGUGGACCUGUCCUCGUGCUGAACCCACAUACAAUAGAAGCACUGAGUCAAUCACGCAUAUCUAAAACAACAAAUCUUCUUCCUUCGGAAGGUUUAUAGCAUUGUAUCCUGUGAGAGGGCAUGGUGUGAUACUAGCCACUUGUCAAAAUGCCUUUCAAGAAAGACCCCAAGAAAGAUGCCAAGAAAGGUGGAAAGCCUGAACCAGAGAAAAAGAAAGAGGAGGAAAAGAAAGGGAAGGAUGACAAAAAAGGUGGAAAAGAUGACAAGAAGUCCAUCAAAGAUGAUAAGAAAAGUGUCAAGGAUGACAAGAAAGGAGGGAAAAAAGGAAAGGAGGAACCACCCAAGGGGAAAGAUGAUGGAAAGAAAGGAAAAGGAAAGGGGAAGAAGGAUGAGUCUGAGGAUGAGGAAGAGCUCCUGAGUGAUGAGGAAGAGGAUGAAGAUGUCAGUGAUGAAGACGAAGAUGAGGAUUCAGAGGAUGACAGGAAAGGAAAGGGACGGGGAGGCAAAGGGGCUAAAGGAAAGAAAGGAGGUAGGUCUCGAGAUGAAGACUCAGAGGAAGAGUCAGAUGAAGAAGAUGAAGAUGAUGAAGAUGAUGAAGAUUCAGAUGAACGCAGCAAAUCCAAAAAGAAAUCUAAAAGUAAAGGAGGGAAGUCUGGUACAGACAAGAAGAAGAAAAAGAAAAAAGACGAGGGUCCCAAAGUUCCAAUUAAGGAAAUUCCAAAGAAAGGUCUGAAGAACAUGUCCAGAAUGUUCAUGAAGUUUUCUGGCUUCAAGAGGCGCAGGAACAGUAGAAAGAAGCUAAAAAGUACUUCACGAUUAUUUCUUGGACUGGGGAAGAGAAAAAAUCGCCUGGCUAAGAAGAAGCGUCGCAAAUCCAUGCUGAAGAUUCGUUCUCGUUUCUUGAUGAGAUUUAACGCCAGCAAAAAAAAGAAAAAAGAGAAGGAAGCCAAAGCGAAGGAGGCAGAAAACGGUGGGAAAAAGCCAACUUACAUGCUGGUUCGUUUGGGGGGUGGAAAAAACACAAACGAGAACACGGGGGGCUUCUUUAAAGGGUUAUUUGAUAAAAAGGAUGGUAAAAACCCACCUAAUGGUUUUAGGGACAGAAGUGUCUUGCUUGGCAGGGUUGCAGCAGCAACAAACUGGCUGACCCAACGCUUUCUUUCAAAUAAAAUGGGAGGACGUAAUGGACAUAAUGGGUGGGGAGGGCGGAGAGGACACAGCCGGCGAGAAUAUGUGCAUGGUUACCAUAAUGAUGGUUAUGACCACGGGGGGGACAUGUAUGGCUAUGACCAGCAUUAUUCAAACCACCAGAAAGGUUAUGGAGGCUAUGAUGAUGAGUAUGGUGGUUAUGGACAGGAAGCAGCUGCUGGAUAUGAAAGUCAGGGUCAGUAUGGUUACUAUGACAAUGGAACAGGAGGAGCAGACUAUCAAGACCUCGGAUACUAUGAGGAAGAAGGGAUGUAUGAUCCAAAUGCAGAAUAUUAUGAAGGUGGUCAAUAUGAUGAUGGGAUGGGGGACUAUUACAACCCUUAUUCCACUUCCCAAGGAUACUAUAACAAUCAGGAAGCUGAUUAUUAUGGUUACCAGCAACAACAGCAAAUGGCAGGAUAUGGUGAUGAGGGUCUUGAUUAUUAUCCAUUAAUGGGUGCAGACCACAUGUAUGCAAGUGAAGUAGAUGGAUACCUUGAUCCUCAAGCUCAGGUUUAUCCAAAUGAUAUGGGUCAAGGAGUUUACUAUGGUGAUGGGCAAGCCACAAUGGGUUACUAUGAUAGUGGACAGGCGGGCUAUUAUCAGAAUCCUUAUGGAGCAGCAAUGGGAAUGCAAGGAGGAUUUCCGCAAGAUUAUCAACUCAACUAUAUGGAUACUGGCAUGCCCGUCCAAGACUUUAGCUCCCAGCAGGCCAUGGGAUUGCCACCAGGAGGCCAGCAGAUGUUGGGCUUUGGAGGUCAGGGGAUGGACCAAGUACAGGCUAUGUAUGGGAAUCAAUUUGCAGGCCAAGGUCAGUUGGAUCAGUAUGGAGUAGACACUGGUGGGAUCCAAGGAGGUGAUAUGACAUUCAGAGUGCCCAGACCUCAAGUUCGCCUUUUUGGGAAAGAACGUCUAGAUGUACCCCUCCCACCUCCACCUACCUUGCCACCUGAUCCAGAAUUCGAAAACAUGUCAGAAAUCCAGUAUGAAGACCAGAUACUUCUUGCACCAGGUCAGCUUGGCGACACAAUAUCAUUACAGCAACAAAUGCCGAUGGCAUCACAACAAAUGAUGAUGCCUUUACAGCAACAAACUCUAAUGCUCCCUCAGGAACAAAUGAUGAUUCCCCCACAGGCAUUGUCGCCCCAGCCACAAAUGAUGUUUCCAGAACAGAGUUUGUCCCCCCAAAUGAUGCCAUCACAGGUUAUGUCACCACAGCCACAGGUGAUGUUACCAGAACAGAGUAUGCUCCCCCAAAUGAUGCCAGCGCAAGCUAUGUCACCACAGCAACCAAUGAUGUUACCAGAACAGAGUUUGUCCCCUCAAAUGAUGCCAUCACAAAUGUUACCACAGCAACCAAUGACAUUACCAGAACAGAGCAUGUCCCCCCAAUUAAUGGCAUCACAGCUUAUGUCACCACAGCAACCAAUGACAUUACCAGAACAGAGUAUGGCUCCCCAAAUGAUGCCAUCACAGGGUAUGCUACCACAGCAACAGAUGUUCUUACCAGAACAGAGUAUGUCCCCCGAAAUGAUGCCAUCACAAAUGUCACCACAGCAACCAAUGAUGCCCCAACAAGUUAUGUCACCACAUGAGCAAAUUAUGUCCCAGCAAAUGAUGGCACCACAGCAACCAAUGAUGGCACCACAGCAACCAAUGAUGGCACCACAAAUGAUUUCACCACAGCAGCAAAUGAUGGCAGAACAGAUGAUGAUGGGUCAGCAGCAGGGAUAUGGCCCUCCAUCAAUCCCUACACCAACUGCCAUGAUUAUUAAGCAAGCAGGUAUGUCCCCCCUUCCUGGCCGGCGCCUGCAGCCGUCUCCAACUCCAUCCCGCCGGUCGGUAUUGAUGCCUUCACCAAUGAUGCAUCGCCAUCCUGGUGUCAUGCCUUCUCCAGUAGCUUCUCCAAUGCUACGACCUAGACGAACGCCUUCUCCACAACCAAUGCGAAGCGGCUUUGUUAAUGUCCAAAGGGCCCCUUCUGUUAUGUCAAGACGGAUGUCACCCCCUGCCUCCCCCAUGGGUUCCCCACUUGCCCGUCGUAGAAUGCAACCUCAGAGACCACCAUCUCCCCUGGGUCGAGCUCGGCCACCCUCACCGUCUCACUCUAUGAUGCGGCGUAGUCCUCCACCUUCACCAAGAACCUCUAUGAGGAGACGUUCUCCACCCACUUCACCACGUGCCUCCAUUAGGAGACGAAGUCCCCCUCCUUCUGCAUCACCUGCUCCUGCUCCUGCUCGCAGUCCAUUUGGAACUCGGAAGCCACAGGCACCUGCCUCCCGUCCACAUUCCCCAGGGCGUGCAUCUCCUGCUCGAGCUCCCUCUCCCUCCUUUUCUCGUCGCAGUGUAUCCCCUGCAGCCCCCCGGCCUGCACCAUCACCAUCAUCACCCACCCUCUCCCGCCGUUCAACUCGUUUGCUCAGGGAACCUACCCCUUUGGCCAGGCCUAGGAUGGGGGGAAAUGUUCCCUUAGGUACAGUGAGGCCAUCGCCUAUGGGUCUCCGUGGGCGCCCAGUACCCCCACCAACCCAGAAUGUCCGUCCAUUCCGUGCCUCCUCUAUACGGAGCAGUAGGUCUUCAGUUCUUACAAUAGACUCCUCCCUACACUCUUCACCUUUCCACUCCCCUCACAUGGUACAUCGUGCCCCUUUGGGGAGGAGGGAAUCUGGCCGUUUUCCUCCACGCCCUGUGGCUCGAGGACGCCCUCUGAUGGCUCAGCAGUCUUUACGAAGGAUGCCUCCUGCCUCUCCUCAGCCAUCACUGAAACACAUGCCACACCCUGCAUCUCCACGUCUGUCUCCUCGACUUUCCCGUCAGUCGUCGCCACUUCCACCUCAUGCAGCUCUUCCACAUGCUUACAUACCAGACAUGCAUAUGUCUAGCCCCUAUGCUGAUCCUUACAUUGAUCAGUCACAACAGUUUCAGCCAAUGCCCCCUUCCUCUCCAUUGCUGUCUGGGGCUUUGCAGAAUCAAGCUCUUCGAGAUGCAUCUUUUGUCUCUCCUUUGCAAAGACCAGCAUCCCCCUUUGAGCAGCCUAUGCCCCCUUCUUCCCCAAUGUUGUCUGGAGCUCUACAAAACCAGGCAUUAAGAGAAGCCUCUUUUGUGUCUCCACUUCAGAGGCCUGUGUCACCAUAUGCACCAUCUGUACCCUCAUCUCCAAUGCUCUCUGGGGCCGUAAGACAUGGUCAGGCAUUAAGAGGUGUGAGUUCUUAUCAGCUUCCACAGCUUCAGUCACCAUACGGUCCAACUGUUGUGACACCGUAUGAUUAUAUCGCUGAACCUGCUCCAGCACCAUUGCUCCAUGAUGCCUUGCAGCACCGAACUGGUUUGCAGGGUGUCUCGUCUUUACGAUCCCCAAUCAUGCAGCAACGUAAUCCUUAUGCUCCACCUGGGCCUCAGCUCCACAGUGCACUACAACAGAACCCAAGUCUGCGGCAAGCAUCAUUUCAGUCAUCAAUGCAAUUUAGGUCCCCAUAUGCUCCGUCCUCACCAAGGUUAGGGGCUGCUCUGCAAAACACACAGCUGAUGCAGGCAUCAUACCGGCUGCCAGACGGAACCUUGGUGUCUCCAUAUGCAGAUCCGCACACCUCCCCAAGGCUUGGUGCCGCAUUGCAAAAUCAGCAAAUCCGUGGGGCCACAUACACUUUGCCUGAUGGAUCAGUUAUCAGAGACCCUCGGAAGCCCAUGUCGCCCAACCUUUCCAGAGCACUUCAGAACCAGGAUCUCAGGGGUGCUUCAUACACUCUCCCUGAUGGAACCAUCAUAGACCCCAGAAGCCAACAACCCAUGUCCCCAAACCUUGCGAGGGCACUGACCAACCCAGCUCUACGGGAAGCUUCCUACUCUCUUCCAGAUGGCACCAUAGUCAUUGAUCCCAGGAAACCAAAGUCCCCAAACCUUACAGCAGCACUCUCGAACCCUUAUCUAAAAAGUGCAUCUUACACGCUGCCUGAUGGAACUAUCAUCAUUGAUCCUCGAAAACCAGUCUCUCCAAACUUAGCUGCUGCCCUUCAGAAUCCAGCUAUGAAGAACGCAAAGUAUGAUGCACCAGACUGGGUCAAUGACCCAAAUGCCCCUAUUUCACCAAACCUGGCCAAGGCCCUCCAAAACCCAGCCUUGAAAGGAGCUACAUACACUCCAGAUGGAACUGUUAUAGUGGACCCAAGAAAACCAAAGAGCCCGACCUUGGCAGCCGCCCUGCUGAACCCCUACCUAAAGGAGGCGUCUUACACUCUGCCUGAUGGAACCAUCAUCAUUGACCCUCGGAAACCAGUUGGACCUGACCUGGCUAAAGCUCUUAUGAAUGGCCUUCGUGGUGCAUCAUACCGGCUUCCUGAUGGUACCCUAGUUAUUCCUGGUCAGAAGCCCAACCUUUCAUCUGCUCUGCGGCUGAACAAGGGACUAAGAAGUACAGGUCUCUAUCAGUUGUCGGACAAAUCAGUGUUGACAGGUGCACCCAAACCUACUCCUCCCAACCUUGCAAAAGCACUGAAGAACGAUGAGUUCCGUACUGUCCAGUUCAGGCUGCCAGAUGGCUCUCUUCUCACACGCCGGUUCCACAACCCUAGCUUGUCUGAUGCCAUCCAAAACCAGCAGCUUCGCUAUGCCUCAUACAGAGUGCCAACAGGACUGCAAGGUGAGGAUAAUCGUUAUGCUGUUGUCCCUCCCUACGGCCCACGCUCAGGCCACUGGGCCAGGGGUGCUCAAGGCGGCGGGGAAGGGGGGGAAGAUGUUUGGGCAGCUGAGAGAGUUUUGCCACAUGGAACAGUCCAGAAUCUGUCCAAGUGGUCCAUGUACCGGGAAGAUGGUAUAUUGGAUGGAUAUUCACCUACCCUGAGACCAGACGGGCAGCCUCAGGACCCAGACUGGACCCCUGACAGAGAAAGAGUACCUGGACAGAACUUUUUUGAUAAGGUCUACUGUAUUGUAAACAUGCCCAUGCCAAGCCAGAGGGUGAAACGCUGGGCAGAGGGGAUGGAGGACAUGACACAACUGCCUGAGCUGAAUGAGAACAUAGUUCUAAUGAACCUGAAGAAGCGCUAUGACCAAGAGCUCAUAUACACUUUCAUCGGCAGCAUCCUUGUGUCUGUGAACCCCUACAAGUUGCUCAACAUUUACGGCACAGACAUGGUGCUUCAGUAUGACGGCCGUGGCCUGAGUGACAACCCUCCGCAUCUUUUUGCCAUUGCUAAUUUAUCAUAUACCACCAUGAUGGAUGCCAAAAAGGACCAGUGUAUUGUAAUCAGUGGAGAAAGCGGGUCAGGAAAGACUGAGGCUACAAAACUGAUCCUCCGUUACUUGACAGCCAUACAUCACAAACGCAAUGUCACACAGCAGGUAGGUAUCUUAGAGGCUGCGCCCCUGUUGGAGUCUUUUGGGAAUGCCAAAACGGUGCGAAAUGACAACUCUUCACGCUUUGGCAAAUUCACACAGAUCUACUUGGAGGAGGGUGUAAUCAGCGGUGCCAUAACGUCUCAGUACCUGCUGGAGAAGUCCCGCAUUGUCUUUCAGGCCAAAUCAGAGAGGAACUACCACAUCUUCUACGAGAUGCUGGCAGGUCUGCCUCCUAAUGAGAAGAGCAUAUUGUAUCUGCAGGAAGCUGAGACUUACUACUAUCUAAAUCAGGGAGGGGACUGCAUCAUUGAGGGGAAAGAUGACGCGGAGGAUUUCAAGCGUCUGUUGGGUGCCAUGGACAUGCUGUGUUUCACCCCAGAGGAGCAAAACGGCAUCUACAGAAUCCUGUCCUCUGUUCUUCAUCUGGGAAAUGUCUUCUUCCAGCCACACCAGGCUGACGGUCAGGAGGUUGCUUCGGUGGUGAGUGCUCAGGAAAUCAGGGUGGUCGCGGAGCUGCUGCAGGUAUCACCUGAUGGCCUGCAGAAGUCCGUCACCUUCAAACUGACAGACACAGUGCGGGAGAAGAUCUACACUCCACUCACUGUGGAGAGUGCUGUGGAUGCCAGAGAUGCUGUUGCCAAGAUCCUGUAUUCGCUGCUGUUUAGUUGGUUGACAGAGCGCAUCAAUGGACGGGUGUACCCUCGCAACGAAGCCCUCUCCAUCUCCAUAUUAGACAUAUAUGGAUUUGAGGAGCUACAGGUGAACAGCUUUGAGCAGCUAUGUAUCAACUACGCCAAUGAAACUUUGCAGUUCUUCUUUAACAGGGUCAUCUUCCAGGAGGAGCAGGAAGAGUACAUGCGGGAGCAGAUUGAGUGGCAACAGCAGCCCUUCAGCCACAACCAGGCGUGCCUUGACCUCAUAGCUGCUAAGCCUCAUGGGAUACUACGCAUACUGGAUGACCAGUGUGGUUUUCCACAGGCAACAGACCACACCUUCCUACAGAAGUGCCACUAUCACCAUGGUAACAACCCGCUCUCCAGGCCAAAGAUGCCACAGCCAGUCACCCUGAAACAUUAUGCUGGAAAGGUCACUUACCAGGUGCACAAAUUCUUGGACAAAAACUUUGACAUGGUCCGUCAGGAUGUUGUGGACCUCUUCGUCCAAGCAAGAACAAAGUUGUGUCGAGCCUCUUCAUGAAGCCAUUCAGAGUCUCUAUCUCAGCAGAAGUCCAACGCACGUCGUAACAGUGCGGUUCGCCGUUAUCAGGCCAACACAGUCAGCGCAAAGUUUCAGAGCAGCCUGCAAGAGCUGAUUGAGAAAUGCAAAAGGUGUAAUCCUUAUUUUGUGCGAUGCAUCAAACCAAACCAUCAUAAGGAAUCUGGUGUGUUUGACAUGGAUCUGGUCAGCACUCAGCUGCGGUACUGUGGUAUAAUGGAGACCAUCUAUAUCAGGAAAGACGGUUAUCCAUUCAGAUUACACUUUCAAAGCUUCCUGUCAAGGUACAAAGGCCUCCUCUGCCUGAAAGAGUGUCCACCUGCAGAGGCAGAAAAUUGUGUCAUUAUGCUCCAUAAGCUUGCUCCAGUGAAACCCGGUUCAUAUCAGGUGGGAGUCAGCAAGAUUUUCCUGAAAGAAGAGCUGUAUCAGGUGUUGGAGGGGAAACGUGACAGUUUGCUGAACCUUGCUGCCAUGACACUGCAGAGACAUACCCGCAUGUUUCUUUUGCGACAGAGCUUUAUGAAAUUAAGAGGUCGUAUAAUGCGCUUUCAAGCUCGCUGUAAAGGCCUCCUGACCAGGAAAAGGGCUGUUCUGAGGAGAAAGUAUCUCAUCUGGUUCCGCUCAGUUGUGCUGCUUAUCGUCAAUCGACAGCGGUACAUGAGGGUAUGUGCACAAAGACUUUUUUUGUCUGUGUGUUGAACAGUUGGGUGAUGUGUGAUACUGUUGUCUUUCUGUCAGACAGUGGUGCACCCUGCCAGGAAGGCGGAAGAGGAUCGCAUCAAUAGAGAAGUGGUGAAUGUGACAACACUGCCCAUCCCUGCUGAACUGGCAGCCCUUCUGCAGGCAGCUUCAGGUGGUGCAGAGCUGCACUCAGACUGCUUGGCAGUGGUACAGGCUCCAAAGGUUCAGGUUGAACCUCAGAUGACCCUGCCCCUGGAUAUCAACAACUACCUCAUGACUCACUACAUUCGAGCCAUAUUUAGGGAGCCAUUGUUUGGGAUGCUGACAGCUCCAGUGGAGAAUUCUCUGCUCAGACUGGAUGAGGAACUUAAACCCGGAGCCCUGAAUGUUUUUACCCUGAUACUAAGGUUCAUGGGUGAUCCUAAUCUGAAUGGGGCUCAGGAGAAUCUCUUUGGAAACUACAUCAUCCAGAGAGGACUUGCAAAUCCCAGCCUCCGAGAUGAGAUUCUGGCCCAGGUAGCCAAUCAGGUUUGGAGAAAUCCAAACAUCUUGAAUUCAGAGCGUGGGUGGCUCCUCCUCUCCUCCUGUCUUUCUGCCUUCUUACCCUCUCAGAGGCUGGCCAAGUACCUGCUCAAGUUUGUGUCUGACUAUGGACCUGAGGGCUAUGACUGUGUGUGUCAGCACCGUCUGCUUCAGGCUCUGCAGAGGCUCAAUGUGGGACCUGAGUACAUCCGGACGUACCCGCCUUGUCUUCUGGAGUGGACUGCCAAUCGCAAGAGAGCUCACACUGUCCUGCACAUACACUGCUUUGACGGUAUGUCCUUCCUGUGUCCUCUACACUCCUGGACAACGGGAGAAGAGAUGGCCAAAGACAUCUUACACCACAGAGGUGUGACCGAGGGUCGUCAGGGCUGGUCGGUGCUGCUGAAGGAGCCCGCGCAAUGGGUGGAGCUGGAGGGAUCAGACUAUGUCCUGGACUUGAUGUCUGACCUGGAGCUUCCCGCUGACUUCCCCAAACACAGCAGUUACUUCAUCAUUUCUGCACAGGAACCAAGCAGAGUGCGGGCCAAUGCCAGCAUAAGCCUGUUGGGUGGUGGCUUUGAUAAAAAUGAGGAUGUCAUAUCUUCUACUAUACCAGGCUCUGAGGGAAUCUCUAGUCAAGACUUGGAGCCUCAGAGAGGAAUGGAUCGUUAUCUCGAUAGCCUGUUUGACCCUGUACUCUCUGAUGGAACUGGAGAAGCAGAAUCAGCUGCUGGACUGGCUAGCAGGAUCCGGGGUGCUGGGGGUGUCGGAGGCGGUUUCCAGCAGCAGCAGCAUUCAGGUGGACCCCCACCACCACCUGGAGCUGUGAGGGUCCUUCCUGUGGGAGGUGUGAUGUCGCCUCCUGUUGCGUCAGUGGCACCUGUAACACCUGAUGCCCAGCAGGCUGUUUUGGCCCAACAGCAGCAGGCGAUCGUCAACCAACAAGCCAUCAUCAUGGCUCAGCAGAUGACCAUGCAGGCCAUGGCGAUGGUCAGCAGUCCAGUAUCAAGCCCUCCCACUUCUCCAAUCACAAGUCCUCCCAUGAGCCCCCUGCUCAAUCACCCUCCCAGCCCCUAUGCCCCCACCACCCACUACACUGUUGUACCUCCCAGCCCAUAUGCUAACAUCCCACCCAGCCCCUAUGCUAACUUCACUCCCACUACCUAUGCUACAACAGACAUGCCACCCAGCCCCUAUGCUCCCACAUUUUCACAGGUACAGGCUCCACAACAGCCUAACGUCAUGUCCCAACCUCAGCCAGAGGCACAGACGCAACCUCCAGCUGAUGUUCAGUCAGGUAAGGACAGUGUCCCCCGGAGGAAGGCUCCUGCAGUCCCUGUAAACAAGGACAAACCAGCCAAGAAGUUUGCCCCAGUGGUGACGACUCCUCCUCCCCCUGUUGGAGAGGUCGUGAAGUACUCAACUCGGAAUUCAGACCUCAUUGUCCCAAGUCAGGAUAUCCAGGAAAUAAUCAAAAGGUACAACUCCCCGCCUCCACCACCUGAGCCACUGCCACCUGGCAAGAGGAGACCAGAGGGGAAGUUUAAGAAGAAGCAAACUCCUCGUGAUGAAGCUUUACAGAUCCUGAAACCCCAGAUGGACAACCCACCUGCUCCACAACCUAAGCGUCAUGUUCCUCCAUCUCCGUCUGGAAUGAAAGAUGCAGGGUCUAAACCCACAAAGCCCCCCAAGGCAAAACCUCCAGAGCGUCCUCUGCCCAUACCUCCUCCAGUUUCUCGAGAACUUCCAGUUGAGACAGAGACCAUCCAGACGCAGCUUCAUCAGAGCACUAAUGAAGAACAUUACACCUACACUAAUGUUCCCUGGAGAUUGUACCUCAGGAAAGAGGUGUUCUAUCCCAAAGACAGCUUCAAUAAUCCUCUGGUGUUAGACCUCAUUUUCAAACAGAUCGUGAAUGACACCCUGUCAGAGGCAUGUGUUCGCAUCACCCGGGAUGAAAGGCAGAAAAUGAAAGCUCUUUUCGCUAAACAUGGUGUGCAACAGAAUAUGGAUCCAGUGGAAGAGCCUGUGAAGAAAAUCAUUGUCAACGCAGCCAGGGAAACCUGGGAAAUCUACUUUUCCCGCCUGUUUCCAGCAUCGGGUAGUGUAGGGACAGGUGUACAGGUGCUGUCAGUGUCCCACAGCGGCAUUAAGCUGCUGAAGACCGUGAAGAGCAGCGCUGCAGCUCCAGACUACUUCAGAGUCUUGCGACCAUAUACAUACGCAGACAUCCUGUUUGUCACCAUCCCAUCUGAGAACAUGCUAGAGUUCAAUCUGACCAAUGAGAAGCUGAUCCUGUUCUCAGCAAAAGCUCCACAAGUCAAACAUCUCAUUGACACCUUUAUCAAUGAGAUCAAAAAGAACUCAGACUAUGUAAUUGCAGAGCGUAACUUCGUGACAGAUGACCGCGCAAUGCUCAAUUUCCACAAAGGUGACAUCAUCAGGCUGCAAGUGAUGGAUGGACUGGAGAAAGGUUACAGCUAUGGCUGUGUGGUCAGGAAAAAGGUGGUGUUUUUGGAGGAUUUGAAGAGAGACACUCAGGACUUUGGAUGGAAAUUCGGGGCAGUGUUCGGUCGCUCCGGUGCGUUCCCAGCUGAGUGUGUCCACCCAGUUGCCGCCCCUGACUUUCUGACUCUGCCACUGGAUCGCAAGUCUGAACCUCGAGGGGGAAAUGAGCAGUUUAAUGUGUCGUCGGCUGUCGCUGUUGCUGUGGCGUCCACCAUGGCUGCACAUGAAAUUGAUCAAACGAUUGAGAAAGUUUCCCUUGAUGCUUUUACGGAUGGAGAGAUGGAUGAGAGAGCUCUGCUGGAUAGUAAAUAUGACAUGCUGGAGUUUGCGAAGAAGUACUUCAGACAGUCGAGCAACGGCAAGGGAGACUCCCUGAGGGGCAAAGGCAAGAGCUCCAGAGAACCAACUGAGAUGAUCAAGUUCUCCAAGAACCCUCUGACGGAGUCUCUGAUCGAGUUCACAGAUCCAGCUAUGAACAGAGUGGCAGCUGAUCUCUUCCUGGCUGUGAUGCGUUUCAUGGGUGAUGCUCCGUUGAAGGGAACAGCAGAACACGAAGUAGUUGGCAGUUUCCUUAAGCUCAUAGGAGAGUUCACCUUGAUGAGGGAUGAGGCUUACUGCCAACUCCUCAAACAGCUUACUGCUAACACCAGCUCCAAACCUGAUAGCUGCCAGCGAGGCUGGAGGCUGCUCUACAUCCUGACUGCUUUCCAUCGCUGCUCUGAAGUCCUCAAGCCCUUCCUGCUGAAAUACCUCCAGCAGGCUUCGCGCAGUGCUGGAGCACAGUAUCAGGGUAUAGCUAAAGCAUGUGAGCAGAAUCUGAAGAAGACAUUCCAGUACGGAGGACGUGUUGUCUCCCCAAACAGCAUGGAGCUGAAGGCUAUGAUGGCGGGGCGGAGUUCCAAACGUCAACUCUUUCUGUUUCCGGGAGGUGUCGAACGCCAUGUGAAGAUCAAAACAUGCUCUGUUGCCCUGGAGGUGAUUGAGGAGCUGUGUUAUGAGAUGGGUCUACACAGACUGGAGGCCAUGGAAGAAUAUGCUGUGUUUUUAGUCACCAAUCGAGGUCAGAAUGUACGACCUCUGAAUAAACACGAAUACAUCCUGGAUGUGGCAACGGAAGCGGAGUUAGUCGACACCAACUACAGUUUCUGGUUCAGAAGAGUCGUCUGGACUCAGCAGCUCAAGUUUGACAAUGAGCUUUGUGUUGCAAUGCACUACAACCAGAUCCUACCAGACUAUCGUAAAGGUCUGCUACAAAUUCUUCCACACGGAAAAGUGAGCGAUCAGCAGUUCCACCAGAUCUCCAAACUGGCAGCUUUACAACACAAAGCCAAAGACAUUGUCUUCAUCCCCAGCGUACAUGAAUUAUCAGAGUACAUCGCCGCAGCCCUGUUCAAGAUGCAGCCGCCGCAGCAGUGGGUGAACAUGGUGACGCAGCACAUGCAGCAAGUCCAGACCCUGAGUCCACAUCAGGCCAGGGCUCAGUUUCUGGGUCUGGUCAGUGCCUUCCCCAUGUUCGGCUCGUCGUUCUUCUACAUCCACAGCAGCAGCUCCACCACCUUUUACGCUCCCUGCAUUGUUGCUGUCAAUCAAAACGGUCUCCAUUUCCUGCACAAAAAUACACAUGAGAUGAUGGCAGUGGUCCCCCUGGUGGAGGUACAGUCCAGCCGCACCCAGAGGCCCACUGCUGGAACCAGUUACCCAUAUGUGGACCUGACCCUGGGGGACAUGAACACGCAGAGGGUGGUUCAGCUGCAGCUGGAGCAGGGCCUGGAGCUGUGCCGCGUCAUUGCCAUGCAGGUGGAAAACAUGAUGCUGGUGCGGGAAAAGAGGCUCACCCUGCCACCCAGUGAAAUCACCAUGUUAUAACACAUGGUCCUUUGCAUUAAUGGAAUCAUGUGCAUAAACUCCUAUGAACUUAACUUAUCCAAACAUGUAGAUAAACCUUCAGAAACCUACCUCUUCUUAGCAUCAGGUGUUGACCCUGAGCUCAGCCUCACUUUUAUUUGAUCAUUAUAAUGUCAUAAUAAUAUACACCUUAGAGACAAUUAAAAUUACUUUUUUUUCAGGUUGACACCAUUACAACUGCACAAACUAAAUGUACUUUUAAUGGAUUAGAUGUUAAAUGUGUUUUAUCUGUUUAAAAACUGUGAUUGAACAGUGAAAGCUUCACAGGCCUGUGCCUUCUUAUUCCAAAGUUUUAUAAACCAUGUCUGAUAUUUUUUAUUUUUUUAACACUGGGGACUUUUCAUAUUAUUGUAAAAAAAAAA